AUGGAUUACAACAACGUCAAGACGUCUGAUGCUGCUGCGGAGUUUGCUUCUUAUGCCCAAUCGGAAUGUAUGCAACCUGGGAACUUUGGCAACACGGAAGCUAUGGUCGACGAUUCUGCUGUGCCGAAACCCCCGCUAUCGUCGGAUUUCAUUGCGGCGCUCGCCUCUCGAUUUCUUCAGGAGAAAGCGAACCAAAUUGUUCUCGAUGAGACUUUGAAGAACUUGAAAUCGAUUGGAAAUGAGGGAUUGCCUCUCUCGGCUCCAUUGGCUCUUCAACCCAUGCAGCAAGCUCCUGUGCUAACUGCACCUACACUGGCCGACCUAUUCCGGCUAUCGAACCAGCCUGUCGAUGAAAACUUCAACUAUUACUAUAAUUAUUAUUACAAUUACUACUAUCAAAAAUACUACCAGUUAUACUACGAGCAUUACUACGCCCUCUAUACCCAAAAUAUUCCAUUGUAA